ACUUUAAUAAGCAUUUUUCAUUAUUGGUUUAGUGUAUUGUCACGCAGAAGUGGAGAUUUUUCGGUGCCUUUAAAACGUUUCAGGAGAAAUACAAAAAGCAGCGGAAAAUAUUGUUGGUGUAUACGUGCGUGGAUAACAGCAAAUUAAUAACAGCUUUUGGAACGGACUUGUAUUUUGAGACCUUCGCCGUUGCCAUUAUCAGCGAUACCACCACUAUAGCAUACACACAAACAUUUUAAACGAACACACACAUCAGAAAAAAGUCGUCAGAAGUGCCGCACAAACAUCGCAGCUGCCACUAAAAUACAAAACGCAUAGGUUUGUGUGAGUGCUUCUGUGAUAUACAGACAAGCAACCACCACAAUCAACGCCAACAAAUUGUACUAAAGCAGCAGGCAGAAAAAAGAAGCAUUUAUCAUCGAACACAUUAACAUCCAAGAGAGCUCAACAUUUUAAGCUGGUAGCUUGAUUUUUCUUGUGCCUGUCUUCUCUACACAAACUACGAGCCGCCAUUAAAUAGAAGCAACAACAAACGAAUGUAGUUUAUAUCUUCGUUCGAAAAGCCAUCUGUCAUUUCGUAUUCGUCGUUUGUUUUAUUGUACGUUGCCUAUUAUUUUAGAUUUGCUUUAUUUCGAGUUUGUGUCCUUCUGGUGUUACAUAUUUUUCUUCAUCACUAUAUUUUGUGUCGCCCAUUAAAAAUUUGCAAAGUGAAACAGUAGCAAACAUGGCUAAUACCGGUAAAGAUACGGCUUCCUUCUUUGAAAAUGGCACAACAGAGCAAUUCGACUAUUGCUACAAAUUAUAUCCAGAAGUGCUAAAAUUAAAAGCAGAAAAACGUAAUAAAAAACCUCAGGAAUUAAUACGACUGGACGAAUGGUAUCAAAACGUACUACCCAAACUUAUAAAAGAACGAGGGAAGGAUGCACAUAUGGUUUACGAUGAAUUAGUCCAGACGAUGAAGUGGAAACAGGCACGUGGAAAAUUUUAUCCUCAGCUAAAUUAUCUUGUUAAAGUAAAUACACCGCGAGCUGUUGUGCAGGAGACGAAAAAGGCUUUUCGCAAAUUGCCUAACUUGGAGCAGGCUAUUACUGCAUUGUCAAAUUUAAAAGGCGUCGGUACAACUAUGGCUUCAGCGUUAUUAGCGGCUGCUUGUCCCGAUUCGGCUCCCUUUAUGGCAGAUGAGUGUCUUAUGGCCAUUCCAGAAAUUGAGGGUAUAGACUACACAACAAAGGAGUAUCUCAAUUUUGUACAACAUAUUCAAUCGACUGUCACACGUCUGAAUGCCCAGGCUGGCGGUGAUAAGCCAGUUUGGUCGCCUCAUAGGGUUGAGCUAGCACUGUGGGCUCAUUACGUAGCUAACGAUUUGAGUCCAGAUCUAUUGGAUGAAAUGCCUAGUGGAAAAGGUGGAGGAUGUGCAGCUACAAAAAAGAGUAAUGGAAGUUCAGAGAAUGACAAUGUGCGAAAUGCUGGAAGUGAAGAUACAAAUGAUGCCGACGACGACAGUGCAGGUCGUGUGGAAUCAACCAAUAUUGCAACUGAAUCUGAAAAUGAAAAUACUAACCCUACACCUCAGGAUGGAGAUUCGAAUUUUGUGUCAAAUGAUUCAUCACAGGAACCCAUUCUUGAUGAGAACACUACACAAACAACAGCAACCACAACUUCUGACGACGGAGAGGAAGCUACCGUUCGUACGCCAUUGGCUUCUGAUUCCGAAAGCAAUAUGGAACCACCAGUGGCAGUCACAGCUAUAAAGAAUAGUUCACUACUGCAAAAAGAGGCAGAUAUUAAUAAUCCAACAACAUCAAAUGGAAACGGCGCAUUAUUGGUCGCAGCUUCAGCAGCAGGUUUGGAUGGUGAAAAUAGUGACAGUAAUUGUUUGCGUGACUCUGAAGGCGACGAUGAAGAGGCAUCUCCUGUAAUUAAUCAUCUCACAGGUAACGACACCACUACUCAUAGCGGAACCUGCGCUACUGCUGCCACAAUAUUAGGCCAGAAGAGGACACUCAACUGCGCGGAUGAAGCAUCGUUAGAGGAUUCAGCACAACCAGAAAUGAAAAAAAUACGUAGUGACUAAACAAUAUUUUAGAAUUUGAAGAAGCGGUUAACUCGCAAAAAUAAUUAUUAUACAAAUAAAGAACAAAAUAAAAUCAA